AUGGCAAGCGGAUCACAAAAUGAAAAUCAAACUAACCUUGAACCUGUACUCGAACCAUUAUUUCCGAAAUGUACGGAGAUUCUUGUCAAUACAGGAAAUACAUUGACAUUGUUUCAAUUAAUAAAGAAAACGAAUUGUUCUAUAACUGAAGAAGUUACUGAGUAUAUGUCAAUGAUGUUACAAGCAAUUCGAAAAGAUACAGAUGGAAAACAAUUUCACGAAGAAAAGUAUGUCAAAUUACUCCCGGUUCACGAUGAAUCUCAACCAGUUUCUAUUAAUGGAACUACACCCGGUGUUUCUAUUCACAAUGAACAAAUAACAAGAGAAGAUUUAAAAUUCUCUAUAAAAAUUUUUCUUCGUUCAUUAGAACCUGAAAUAUUAGCAAAUGCUAUUGAUACAGUAUUAAAUGAAUUAAAAGAGAAUUAUCUAGAAAGUGUUAUGAUAUCUUUACCGAAUUAUGGUGCAGGUGCAACACUGAAUAACUUUAUGCCAUUAUGGAAUAUUAUCGAAGAUUAUAUAGAUAAACAAAAGAUUUUAUCAGCUGGAGUUUGUGAUUUUAUGCUUCCGCUUUUAUCGGAAUUAUGUGAUGCUGCUAAGCAUAAACCAUACGCAAAUCAAAUCAAUUUAGGUGUAUGUUGUUCAAUUCCUGAAGAAUUGAAUAAAUAUGUUAAAGAAAAUAAUAUUCAAUUAUUAACACAUAGUGAUCCAAUUGAUGUUAUUAAUGAUUCAGACUUUCAACAAACUCUUCUUAAAUAUUGUCAUGAUUCUGAUGCACUUAAUUGGAAACCAGUUUCUAUCGUUCGGUAUAGUUCUGUUAUUGCUCAUCGAGGAAUUAUCAAAAGUAAAGGAUUUCUUAUCUAUGCUAAACGUGAAUUACCCACUCCUUAA